AUGCCAGCACGGGGGCUCUACCCCAGGACGCUGCUGCCUCCUCGCUGCCUUCCUGGCCCCCACGGCAGCCAGAUACGCGCCGAGGAGCGCAACGGCCGCGCGAGGGCGCACGGGGCUGCAGCCCCUGCGGACCCCGGCCUGGGCGCGCCCUGGGAGGCCGGGUGGGAGGGGCUGCCCCUGGCUCCCCCUCGCCCCUCCCCGCGGGCCCCGCCGCUUCCGCUCGUCCUGGGGCCGCCGGGGGAGCCAGGACGCGCCGCCUGGGCUCUACGUAGCCGGCCGCCCUCGGUGGGGCCCACACCCUCUGCACAUGAGAACCUCCUUCUGCUGUGGACCCUCCUGAACUGUGGUUUAGGGGGCAGUGCUCAGGGUCCAGGUGAGUGGACCCCGUGGGGUUCCUGGAGUCGCUGUUCCAGCUCUUGUGGGCGGGGUCUCUCGGUGCGCAGCAGGCGCUGCUUCUGGUUUCCUGGGGGAGAGCCGUGCUGGGGAGACUCCCACGAGUACCACCUCUGCCAUUUGCCGGACUGUCCCCUAGGGGCCAUUCCCUUCCGAGAUCUCCAGUGUGCCCUCUACAAUGGCCACCCUGUCCUGGGCACCCAGAAGACUUACCAGUGGGUGCCUUUCUACGGUGCGCCCAACCAGUGCGACCUCAACUGUCUGGCCGAGGGCCACUCCUUCUACCACAGCUUCGGCCGGGUCCUGGACGGCACCCCCUGCAGCCCGGGGACCCAGGGGCUCUGCGUGGCUGGCCGCUGCCUCAGCGCCGGCUGUGACGGUUUGCUGGGCUCGGACGCCCGCGAAGACCACUGCGGCCGCUGCGGCGGCACCAACGAGUCAUGCCUUUUGGUGCAGCGCGUGUUCCGAGACUCCGGUGCCUUCGCUGGGUACUGGAACGUGACCCUGAUCCCCGAGGGUGCCAGACACAUCCGUGUAGCCCACCGGAGCCGCAACCACCUGGCGCUGGUAGGGGGCGACGGGCGCUACGUGCUCAACGGGAACUGGGCGGUCAGCCCACCCGGGACCUACGAGGCGGCGGGCACCCGUGUGGUCUACACCCGCGCUGCAGGGCCAGAGGAGAUGCUGAGCGCGGCUGGGCCCACGUCCCAAGACCUGCUCCUGCAGGUCCUCCUGCAGGAGCCCAACCCCGGCAUCGAGUUCGAGUUCUGGCUCCCGCGGGAGCGCUACGGGCCCUUCCAGGCGCAGGCGCAGGCCCUGGGCUGGUCCCUGCGGCAGCAGCAGCCUCGGGAGGUAGAACCGGAGGCCCCCGACCUCCGCGCAGCCCCAGCUUCCAGCGCCCCUCGCGCCCCGACCCCGGCCCCAGAGCCCUGCGGACGCUGCCCCGACACCCGAGGCCGCGCUCCCCGGCUGCUGUACUACUGCCGGAGCGACUUCGUGUUCAGGGCCCGAGUGCUGAGCCGCCUGCGCCAGGCCGAGGAGACGCGCUAUGAGGUUCAAGUGCAGCUCAUCUACAAGAACCGCUCGCCGCUGCGGGCCCUCGAGUACGUGUGGGCGCCGGGUCGCUGCCCCUGCCCCCGGCUGGACCUCCACCGCGAGUACCUGCUGGCUGCCCAGCGCCUCAUCAGCCCGGAUGGCACUCAAGACCGACUACUGCUGCCCCACAUGGGCUAUGCCCGGGCCUGGAGCCCCGCUGAGGAGAGCCGUGUGCGCCUCGCCGCCCGUCACUGCCCUGUCUGA